GGAGGGGCCUCGAGAUGGCGCCCGGCAACGCGCGCGGGGUGCGGCGGGAAGGAAAUGGCGGAGCGGGAGGCGGCCGGCGGCGGCUCGGGCUCCGGCGCUGGCCCGCUGCCGGGGCGGUGCGCCUUCUUCGUGCAGAGGAAGAGGCGCUUCUGCAAGAUGGUCCCGGCGCCCGGGAGACGCUUUUGUGGGGAGCACGGGCAGCAGGAGAAAGAAAAUGACAGGAAAAGAAUUCCGUGCCCUCUUGAUCCGAAACAUACCGUGUAUGAAGACCAACUACAAAAACAUUUAAAAAAAUGUAAUUCCAGAGAGAAGCCAAAGCCGGUCUACUUUGUUCAAGAUAUUAAUGCAGGUGUAAAAGAAGUAGCAGAAAUACCGGCAAAUCAAGUAACUCUCUCUUCCCUAUCCAAAGAAGAGCUUGAGAACUUAAUUAUCAAGUUGAAAAAAGCAAGUAAUGGUCUGGAACUUGACCUUAAAGAACAAGUACUCUCUCACCAGGCUUUAGAGGAAGCCUUAAAUGACCCAAAGAACGGGGACUCUGCUUUCAAACACUUGAAACAACAGGCUUCUAUUUUAGGUAACAUGGAAAAAUUACAUUUGCUUGGUCCAGGAAGAUGUUUCGUUGAGUUUGGAGCUGGGCGAGGAAAGCUGUCUCACUGGGUUGAUAUUGCCUUACAAGAUACUGAAAAUAUUCAGUUUUUGCUUGUAGAAAGGGCAACUACCAGAUUCAAGGUGGAUGGAAAACAUAAAAAGAGAGAUUCUAUAUUUGAAAGGCUUCAAGUUGAUAUUCAGCAUUUAUGUUUAAGUCAUUGUGUAUUUCGUUUUGUUUAUUUUUCAGAUAAGGUGCCUAUUUUAGAGAAGAAAAAACUACCAGUGGUAGGAAUUGGGAAACAUUUGUGUGGUGCUGCCACAGAUCUUGCUUUGAGAUGUUUGGUAGAAAGUUAUGCAACUUGCUGUAAUGAAGAAGAUGAAGAGCCUGCACCAAAACGUACAAAGAAUAAGGCAGAAGGAGCUUCUAACAGUUCAAAUGAUGAUGACAAUGAAGGGAACAAAGAAGACUUUAAGCCUGUAGCUGGAAUUGUUAUUGCGCUGUGUUGCCAUCACAAAUGUGACUGGACACAUUAUGUAGGCAGAGAGUUCUUUAGAUCAGUAGGACUUGGACCAGUAGAAUUUCAUUAUUUUCAAAGGAUGAGUAGCUGGGCCACUUGUGGCAUGAGAGGAACCAUAACCAAAGCCUCUACAAAUGAAGAAAGUGAAGAUCACACUACCAACACAGAAGAGCAUGACCAAAUAUACAGUAAAACAGGGACUGGUUCUGAUGCUCUACAAGGGCUCCUUACUGUUGAAGAGCGGAAGGAGAUAGGUUCCCUCUGUAAACUUGUGAUUGAUCACGGACGGAUCAGAUAUUUGCAACAUCGAGGAUACAAGGCUGCACUACAGUACUAUACAGAUUCCUCUGUGUCCUUGGAGAAUGUCCUGUUGACAGCUGUCCCAGAGACAACGACGUGACAAGAU